GGGAGUUUCACCCAACAGCCACGCGCCGGUUCGAUUCCCGGGUGUGGCUGGGCUGUAACCGUGAUUUGUAUCGUAUACCUCGAUUGUUUGAUGUGGAGGUGUGUUCUGGUGGUGUGAGGUCUGGAGCAGACCUCCGGACUCGAGCCAGCCUCGGAGGGAGGACGGAGGUGGGGAGUUAGUCCGCCUCCAUUGGUCGCCACAGGCACAGUUGCGCUGUCGCUCUGACGCUCUUAAACGCUGCAACCGCCGACCCUGGCACAGAACCACAGGCCACCGAAGAGGACGCACACUCGCUCACACUCAUGACAAGAGUCGUCUCCUCGGCUUCGGGUUUGAAAGUGACGCAUCCGCCACUCGCGCUAGGACUCGAGGAUGACCGGGCUCUUUGAGAACCUCAACACCUCCACGAGCUACAGCAGCAGCAUGCACAAGUCGCAGGAGUCGCCCACGCUGCCGGUGUCCACAGCCACGGACAGCAGCUACUACGCCAGCGAGCAGCCCGGGCAGUUCGCCUCCUUCCAGUACCACAGCGCGGCCGCGUGCUCCGGGCCCUUCAGUCGAGCCUAUGAACUGGGCUUCAACCCGUCCUACGGUACUUACGGCUCGUACGCUCCCGACGCGUCACCCACGGCGGCGGACACAGAAAAAGAUGAGAGCGAGCCAGAAAUACGAAUGGUCAACGGAAAACCAAAGAAGGUCCGGAAACCCCGGACCAUCUACUCCAGCUUCCAGUUGGCGGCUCUGCAGCGGAGGUUCCAGAAGACGCAGUACCUGGCGCUGCCGGAGCGCGCCGAGCUGGCGGCCUCGCUGGGCCUGACGCAAACACAGGUGAAGAUCUGGUUCCAGAACCGCCGCUCCAAGUUCAAGAAGCUCUGGAAGAGCGGCGAGAUCCCGCCGGAGCAGCACGCGGCCAGCAGCGCGUCGCCGCCCUGCGCGUCGCCGCCGAACGCCGCCUGGGACUUUCCACAGAGCGGUUUACCUCAGAGCGGCAGCCCCCCGGACACCGCAGCACCUCCGCCCGCCUCCUUUCUGGCCAACUACUCCUGGUACUCCAGCGCGAGCUCCGCGCCCCACGCGCAGCCGCCGCAGCACCACAGCGCCGCCGUCAGCGCGGGGACGAUAUUCUAGGGACCGAGAAGCAGCUGAAUAACGGACGAUACUGGUGACCGAGACGUGUGCGGCCUGCGAAUUAUUUUUCUAACUAUUUAUUUUGGGUUGGACGCGCCACACCGCGGCCUCGCGCGGACGCCUCCCAGGAGACGCUGCCUCAGAUGUAGCACAAGUGAACGGUGCCUUUCCUCUCUCUGACCUCAUCCCUCCAUCAUGUCGUUAGCAGGUCUGGGUAAGUGUCUUUGUAAAUAACUCCCACGGCUCAUCCCACCCACACUGAUAUGAUCACGUUGAACUGUAUUUUCCUGUCUUAUUUAUUUUAGCUGUGUUUUAUAAAUGGAAAAUGUUAUUUAAAUAAUAAAAAAAAAU